AUGACAUGUCAAGCCCAACACUUUGAGCCACUCCGAAUCCAAGUUCCAACUCCUGGAGAUCCUGGGUCGCUGUUCCUUACGGAAGAUAGGUUUCUGGACAGGGCCGCGACAUUUCCUUGGGAAGUGAAUGGAGAGCGAUGCGCCGUUGUGUGCAGUGUUCGGUACGAGAGCAUUAGUCAUGACCUUACAGCUCUUCAGCCGCUCGACAAAAGGAAGCGCCCACAGUCAUCAGCCUUCUUUGUCGGGCACUUGUUUCGAACUGCCUACAGGGAUUCUGGUGGUUAUCUUUACUAUCCCAACACCGUAUCCAAGAAGCUGUGCAACAUUCAAAAGGAUGGUCGUUGCUGCAAGGGGCUUUGCAGGCCCAGUGGAAAGCCAACUCAGGAAGAUUGCUGGGCCUAUAGCUUUCGAUACCACCUCAAAGGUGGAGAUGGACAGCUGGGUAUUGGAGACCACUUUGAGAAUCUCCGGCAGGUGUUGUUAGGCGGCAAAGAGACAAGAAAGUAUCACGAGCGCGUUGUUAUGCUGCAAAUAGUCGAAGGAGACCGGGUGUUGGGCCCUGGGCAGAGAGAGGAAGUUGAUAUGGCCCAAGAUUUGCAGGUUCCAAUUUAUCGCUUCUGCGAAACAUACCAUCACGGCCACACCGCUCCUGGCUUCCUGGUCUGGCCUGUGGACGCCGUUACUGACACACCAAAGUGUGUUCGUGGCCGCACCGAGGCGCAUGAGGCAGCAGAACAGGACGAUGAGAAGAGAUUGCGCAAAUUGAAAGAGGCAGAUGCCAAUCUCAAGGCUAGAGACGAGAGCGGUCGGACACCAGCACACCUUGCAGCAGCACAUGGCAACCAUGUAGUGCUACGCACUCUGCAAGAGCUGGGUGCAGACCUUUGCUCCGCAGACUCCGAUGGUCGUACCCCAGCACAUGCAGCGGCUCGAUGCGGUCAGGAAGCUGCGCUGCGGAUAUUGAAAAAGCUGGGUGUUGAUCUCAAGGCUCAGGAUGCAAAUGGUAAGACACCAGCACACCUCGCAGCUGCAAAUGGGCAGCAGAAGGCGGUGCAAACUUUGCAAGAGCUUGGAGCGGACCUAGCCAUUUCAGACUCCGAUGGCCUAGAUCCAGCACAUGAAGCAGCGAGAAAUGGUCACGAUGACACGGUGAGGAUGUUGAGCAAAUUGGGUGUGGACCUGAAUGUUCGAGACAAGCACGGUGCGACUGCCGCGCAUUGGGCAGCUUGCUAUGGACAUGACCAGGUAGUGCGGACACUACACGAACUGGGCGCAGCCUGUGCAAAGAAGCCUGAUGCGGGUUAUUCUCCAUUAGUGUUGACUUUCAGGAUCCGGCCCUCCCUUUGGACGCUUGGACAGGCUGCUGCAGCGAGUGGUCGCGAGAAGGUGCUGCGCACAUUGGCAGAGCUCGGGGAGGACCUCCGCGUUCGAGAUGCCGCUGGCCGUACUCUGGCACACUAUGCGGCUAGAAAUGGUCACAUAGUGACAUUGCGGGUGCUACGGGAACUGGGGGUUGAAAUGUCCAGCAAGGAUUCGGAUGGUCAAACACCGGCGCAUCUUGCAGCUGAUGAUGGAUUAGAGUUGGUCCUGAGAACAUUGAAUAUCUUGGGAGUCGACAUGUCUGCCCAAGACGACAAGGGGCAGACUCCAGCACAUCUCGCUGCUGUACGGGGUCAUGAAAAGGUGCUGCAGACGCUCCAAGAGCUAGGUGCUGACCUUUCUAUUGAAGAUUCCUCUGGCUGGACUCCGAACCAGAUCCAGGCGAUCGAUGACAGUGCAAGCAGGCAGCUUAUCAGCAGGGAAAUAAUCAGAAAUACCGACAUGUACAGCUUUGAGGUGGGCGACAUCGUGCACGCGCGAGCAUCGACGUCAGCAAGUUGA